AUUGAUUUUAGUAUAAUUGGCUCAUUUCUGCUCCUUUGCUUAAAAGAUAAAGCAAGAGCUAUGGUUAAAAUAGAAUAUUUUUGACUGAAAUCAGGUAUUGAAGUUGGCCAUUUUACAUGGUGGGGACUGCAAUAAGGAAUCGAUGUCUCAUUAUCUUUUUCAUUUUCAUUAUCAAAUACAAAUAGAAAUGUGUAUUAUCUUGAUAAAAAAAAUUAUUUAUUUUUUCCCUUCUAGAGCUAUAAGAAGAAUCAUUGCCUCUUUUUUCCAAAUAGACCUCAAAGCUACUCAAAGAGGGCAAAGGUUAAGCAUGGGAGAAGGAGGAGCUGAAGAAAUUGGAGAAGAGAAAGUACAAAUGGACAUUAGUCUUAAAGAGCUUGCAAAGAAACUGGAGGAAUUUGCUAAGGCUAGAGAUUGGGAAAAAUACCAUAGUCCAAGGAAUCUUCUUCUUGCUAUGGUUGGUGAGGUAGGAGAGUUAUCAGAAAUAUUCCAAUGGAGAGGAGAGGUGGACAAGGGGUUGCCCAAUUGGGAGGAAGCAGAUAAAGAGCAUCUAGGAGAGGAGUUAUCUGAUGUGCUUCUCUAUCUCAUCAGAUUGGCUGACAUUUGUGGUAUUGAUCUUGGUGAUGCAGCCACAAAAAAAAUUGUCAAGAAUUCUAUCAAAUACCCACCUAAGAUCUGCUAAAAAAAAAAAAAAACCAAGAAUACAGAAAUUUUUGUGCAAUGAGAGUUGUUCUUUUCUUUUCUUUCUUUCCCCUCUUUCUGGUGAGCUUAAAGAAACAUUUCAGUGGAAUCUCCAUAGAUAAAUUAUAAUAAAGUAAGAUAGCAGCUUUCUUUUUUGAUUAGCUGAGCCUGAGGGUUUUCUGUCGAA